AUGACUCUCUCACUUUGGCUCUCUGCAGGGGAAGCUUCAUCGCUGCGAGAUUAUGCCGCCACCACCAUGAAUGAGUUCCUGGGCAUGUUCGGCUAUGACGACCAGAACAUGCGGGACGAGCUGGCCCGCAAGAUCAGCUUUGACAAGCUGAACGCUGCUACCUCAGAGGCCACUGCAACUGCUGCCCCUCUCCCCGGCGAAGACGCCAUGAGCAAACGAGCCCGCUUCUCCAAGUACGAGGAGUACAUCCGCAAACUGAAAGCUGGAGAGCAGCUUUCUUGGCCCAUGCACUUGGCCAAAUCUGAGGAGUUGGGCUCCAAGCUGGGCAAAGAAACUUCCUCAGUGCUGGCACAGCCCAUUCGGGUGCCAGGUCCAGAUGCCUCCAUGCUGACGGAGACCAAAGCCACUAUCCUGCCGCUGCCCUCUCCCAGCAGUUCCCAGAUGCAGGGCCUGAUGUCACGGGCCUCCAAAUACGACUUCUUCAUUCAGAAGCUGAAGACGGGUGAGAGCAUCAGGCCACAAAAUGGCAACACGUACAAGAAGGCCUCCAAGUAUGACCUAGAAAACGUCAAGUACUUGCACCUUUUCAAGCCUGGGGAAGGAAGCCCAGAUAUGGGAGGAGCCAUCGCCUUCAAGACAGGCAAGGUGGGCCGGCCUUCCAAGUAUGAUGUGAGGAACAUUCAGAAGCUUACUCCCGUAAAAGCUCCAACACCCAGCCUGGCCCCUGCUCCCCUCGCCAGUACCCCCAGCAGCACUCCUGUGGCUGGGCCAGAGCAGUCCGUCUCAUUGCCAUUCAACACUCCUGAGUACCUGAAGUCAACUUUCUCCAAGACAGACUCCAUCACAACUGGAACAGUCUCUACAGUAAAGAAUGGAUUACCCACUGACAAACCAGCUGUCAGCGAAGACGUAAAUAUUUACCAGAAGUAUAUUGCCAGGUUCUCUGGCAGUCAGCACUGUGGACAUAUACACUGUGCAUACCAGUAUAGAGAACAUUACCACUGCCUUGACCCAGAGUGCAACUACCAGAGAUUCACUAGUAAACAGGAUGUGAUUCGGCAUUACAACAUGCACAAGAAACGUGAUAAUUCCCUCCAGCACGGCUUCAUGCGCUUCAGCCCCUUGGAUGACUGUAGCGUGUAUUAUCAUGGCUGCCACCUGAACGGGAAAAGCACACACUACCACUGCAUGCAGGUGGGUUGUAACAAGGUCUAUACAAGCACCUCUGACGUGAUGACCCAUGAGAACUUUCACAAGAAGAACACGCAGCUCAUCAAUGACGGGUUUCAGCGGUUCCGUGCCACGGAGGACUGUGGUACUGUGGAAUGCCAGUUCUACGGGCAGAAAACCACUCACUUUCACUGCAGGCGACCUGGGUGUACAUUCACCUUCAAGAACAAGUGUGACAUUGAGAAGCACAAGAGCUACCACAUCAAAGAUGAUGCUUAUGCCAAGGAUGGCUUCAAGAAGUUCUACAAGUAUGAGGAAUGCAAGUAUGAGGGCUGUGUCUACAGCAAGGCCACCAAUCACUUCCACUGCAUAAGGGCAGGCUGUGGCUUCACCUUCACCUCCACCAGCCAGAUGACCUCCCAUAAACGCAAACAUGAGCGCCGACACAUCCGGAGCUCAGGAGUGCUGGGCCUGCCUGCCUCUCUCCUCGGGUCCAAGGAUAAUGAGCAAGAGGAGUCCAGUAAUGAUGACCUUAUUGACUUCUCUGCUAUGAGCUCGAAGAACUCCAGCCUGAGUGCCUCCCCCACCAGUCAACAGUCUUCCGUUUCUCUCAUAGUCCCAGCUGCACCCUCCUCUGCUGCUGAGCUUGCUUCCUCACAGGCCAGCAAGUCUGCCAACAGCAUGACACCAGCCACCAAGAUCUCUGGCCUGCUCUCCCAGGCUCUUCCCAGCAAUAUACCCUUGGCCCUGGCACUCUCCAACUCAGCACUUCCUGGAACAGCUGGAUCCUUCUUCCCCAUCAUCCCCAGUCGGGUCUCUACACCGCUUCCCGCCAGCUCAGCUAAUCUGAUGACUGCUGGUUCUUCUGGCACCAAUCCAACAUCCUCUGCUCCUACGGAUUCCUCAUCCCAGGCCAUUUCAGGGUCUGGUGAACCAGCAGCUACUUCUUCUCCAGCUCCAGCGGCAUCUAUAAUGGAAAGGAUCUCUGCUAGCAAGGGAUUAAUCUCUCCUAUGAUGGCCAGGCUGGCAGCAGCUGCACUCAAGCCCUCUGUGGCACUUGAAGCAGGGAAUGGACAACCAGCAGCUCCCGGACGGUUCAAUCCAGUUCAGGUGAAGCAGGAACCUUCGGAGGCCAUGGGAUCGUCAUCUGCCACCAGUCAGGACUCCUUGCAGGAGCACAGCUUGGACCUGAGCGUCAAGGAUCACGGUAAUGAAUCAAAUGGCCACACAGUCUCGGCAAAUUCAUCUCUUUUAUCCUCGCUUAUGAAUAAGAUGUCCAAGACCAGUGCCAGCCUUGGUACAGAAGGAGAUGGCAGCCAGGCUGGGGCUGGAGAGCCAACACAGUACUUGGGCAAGGCAGUGAAGGCACUUGUCCAGGAGAAGCUCUCUGAGCCGUGGAAGAUGUACCUGCGCCGGUUUGGCACCAAGGAUUUCUGCGAUGCGCAGUGUGACUUUCUCCAUAAGGUGCACUUCCAUUGUGUCGUGGAGGAAUGCGGUGCCCUUUUCAGUACCCUGGAUGGAGCCAUCAAACAUGCCAAUUUUCACUUCAGAACUGAGGGUGGAACUGUGAAAAGUAACUCUGAGUCUCCCUUCUCAACUACUACUGAGAAUAAGGCUUCACUGGCCCCUUCAUCACCAUCUGCUACUUCUGUCACCAUGGCAAGCGCUCCUGCCCUUGACGUGCCCACUCCAAGUCCAGCUACUGUGCCCUCUGCCCCCACACUGCUAGCUUGGAAGCAGCUGGCUUCAACUAUACCCCAGAUGCCUCAGAUCCCAGCAUCAGUGCCUAACCUGGCAACUUCACCCUUGGCAACUACUUCCCUGGAGAACGCCAAGCCUCAGGUCAAACCCGGAUUUCUCCAGUUCCAGGAGAAUGAUCCCUGCCUGGCAACGGACUGCAAGUACGCCAACAAAUUCCACUUCCACUGUCUCUUUGGGAACUGCAAGUAUGUGUGCAAAACCUCUGGCAAAGCAGAAUCCCACUGCCUGGACCACAUCAACCCCAACAAUAAUUUGGUGAAUGUGCGAGACCAGUUUGCUUACUAUUCGCUGCAGUGUCUCUGUCCGAACCAGCACUGUGAAUUCAGGAUGCGAGGGCAUUACCACUGUCUUCGUCCUGGCUGCUACUUCGUCACUAACAUCACCACCAAGCUGCCCUGGCACGUGAAAAAACACGAGAAGGCAGAGAGAAGGGCAGCCAAUGGCUUCAAGUAUUUUACCAAGCGAGAAGAGUGUGGCAGACUAGGUUGCAAAUACAACCAGGUGAACAGCCACUUCCACUGCAUUCGAGAGGGCUGCCAGUUCUCCUUCCUGCUCAAGCACCAAAUGACAUCCCACGCCAGAAAGCACAUGAGAAGGAUGCUGGGGAAGAACUUUGAUCGUGUUCCUACUCAGGUUAUUGGCCACACUCCAAGAAAUGAAAAUCUCCCCCAGGUUGGCAGCAUGGCACCCAGCCCAGCCUCAUCAGGAACCCCAGCUUCCUUUCAGGGACCCCCAAGCAUGAUGGACACUGAAACAGAUGAGUACAUGGAUUACACUGGCUGUAGCCCUGGGGGUAUCUCCUCUGAAUCUUCCAAUAUGGACCGCAGCUGCUCCAGCACUCCAGUGGGCAAUGAAAGUACAUCAGCAGGGAAUACCAUCACUAUGCCAACUGCCUCAGGGGCCAAAAAGCGCUUCUGGAUCAUUGAGGACAUGUCCCCGUUUGGCAAGCGCCGCAAGACCGCAUCCUCGCGCAAGAUGCUGGAUGAAGGGAUGAUGCUGGAGGGAUUUCGGCGCUAUGACCUCUACGAGGACUGCAAGGACUCCAGCUGCCAAUUCUCUCUCAAGGUUACCCACUACCACUGCACGCGGGAGAACUGCGGCUACAAGUUCUGCGGCCGUACCCACAUGUAUAAGCACGCCCAGCAUCACGAUCGUGUUGACAACCUGGUAUUGGAUGAUUUCAAACGCUUCAAGUCUUCACUGAGCUGCAACUUCCCAGACUGUCAGUUCUCUGGCAAUAGCACACACUUCCACUGUCUGCGCUGCGGCUUCCGCUGCACUGACAGCACUAAGGUGACAGCCCACCGUAAGCACCACGGCAAGCAGGACGUCAUCAGCGCGGCUGGCUUCUGCCAGUUCAGCUCAAGCGUGGACUGUGAGGUGCCUGACUGCAAGUACAAACUCAAGUGCUCCCACUUCCAUUGCACCUACCCUGGCUGCAAACACACGGUGGUGGGCAUGUCACAGAUGGACUCGCACAAGCGCAAGCACGAGAAGCAGGAGCGAGGGGAGCUUCCUGCCAUCUCUCCCGGCCCUGAGGGCCUUGCCCACUCCACUCUCGACUAUGACAUCCAGAACUCUUCCAUCAACCUGGACAGUUCCCUCAACCUCAGCACUGACAACAACAGCUCCCUCUUCUUCCUGCAGAACGCGGCUGGCGUGGGCCUCAACGAUUCCCUGGACCUCAGCAAGAAGCAGGCAGAAGUCACUGAAGGUCCGUCACCGAGCAGAGCCGGGACCACACCUCAGGAGAGGGGCGCAGUGCCAUCUGGCUCUGGUGAUGCGGAGGAUGAGGAUGACUCUUCCCAGGAGGAUGAGGAGGACGAUGAGGAGGAGAUGAAUGAAGAAGAGGAGGAUGAUGAAGAGGAGGAUGACGACGAUGAUGAGGAGGAGGAGGAUGAAGAGGAAGACUUGAACACAGAUUCUGAAGAAUCGCUGGCUGACCCUGAGGGCCUGGCCACUAAAGAAGAUGGAGAACCAGAGGAGGCUGCUUCUUCCACAGACCAUGGCAAUGCUUCCAGGCCACAGGGCGAGCCAGCCCUCACUACAGCCCCAGCUCCUGCUCCGCCCCCAGCCUCUACCAUUGCUCCAGCAGCUUCUCCUUAA